UCGUGCCGUACUUUAAAACGGAGCCAGGCCUGCCGCAGACUCACCUGGAGGGGAACCGCCUUGUCCUCACCUGCCUUGCCGAGGGGAGCUGGCCUCUGGAGUUCCGGUGGAUGCACAAUGACACUGAGCUCACCACCUACAGCAGCGAGUACAGGUAUAUCAUUCCGUCUUUGCGGAGGCUGGAUGCUGGCUUUUACCGCUGCGUGGUGCGCAACAGAAUGGGGGCUCUAGUGCAGAGAAGAUCGGAAGUUCAAGUCGCAUAUAUGGGCAAUUUUGUGGCUACAGACCAGCGGGAAGUGGUUCCUCAAGGCCAGGCAGCGGUUCUCAACCUGCUGCCCAUCACCAGCUGCCCCCGACCUCAUGUGACCUGGUUCAGAGAAGGACACAAGAUCAUUCCAAGCAACAGAAUAGCCAUCACACUGGAGAAUCAGCUGGUGAUCCUUGCGGCCAAGGCAAGUGAUGCGGGAGCCUACUAUGUGCAGGCCGUCAACGAGAGGAACGGGGAGAAUAAGACCAGCCCACCCACUUACCUGAGCGUAGCAAGAGACGAUGGCACACCCGAAACCGUGGCUCCCAUCAUUGUGAUUCCCCCCGGCAACAGAAGUGUGGUGGCUGGGUCCAAUGAGAUCACCCUGGAAUGCAUAGCCAAUGCCAGGCCUGUCGAAGAGCUGAGUGUGACCUGGAAGAGAAACGGGGUGAGACUCACCAGUGGGCUCCACAGCUUUGGGAGACACCUUACCAUCAGCAGCCCGACGUCCGCGGACAGUGGAGCCUACGUGUGUGAGGCGACGCUGAGAAGGAGCACUUUCGAGCCCGCCCGAGCAAAAGGCUUUCUUUCUAUCAUAGAGCCACCGUAUUUUACUGCUGAACCCGAGAGCCGGAUUUUAGCGGAAGUGGAGGAAACAGUGGACGUCGUAUGUCGAGCCAUGGGGGUCCCUCUUCCCACGCUAAGAUGGUACAAGGACGCCAUCUCCAUCAGCAAGCUCCAGAACCCUCGAUACAGAGUGCUCCCAAGUGGAGUCCUGCGCAUCCAGAAGCUACGUCCGGAUGACUCUGGAAUCUUCCAGUGCUUUGCCAGUAACGAAGGAGGGGAGGUCCAGACCCACACCUUCCUGGACGUCACCAACGUGGCGCCAGCAUUUACCCAGAUUCCAGUGGACACCACGGUCACCGAUGGGAUGACAGCCUUUCUGAGGUGUGAGGUGUCAGGGGCCCCCAAACCCGCCAUCGCAUGGAGGAGAGGAAACCACAUUUUGGCCAGUGGCUCUGUGCAGAUUCCUAGGUUCAUGCUGCUUGAAUCAGGGGGUCUACAGAUAACCCCUGUCUUCAUCCAGGAUGCUGGCAAUUACACCUGCUACGCAGCCAACGCAGAGGGAUCCCUGAACGCGUCUGCCACGCUCACCGUAUGGAACCGGACAUCCAUCGUCAGCCCUCCUGAGGACCGCGUGGUGAUUAAGGGGACGACGGCCGUGCUGCGCUGCGGGGCCACGCACGACCCCCGCAUCUCUCUCCGCUACGUCUGGAAGAAGGACAACACGGUCAUCACACCCUCCAGCAGCUCCAGAAUUGUGGUGGAGAAGGACGGGUCCCUGCUCAUUAGCCAGACGUGGUCCGGCGACAUUGGAGACUACACCUGCGAAAUCCGUUCGGAAGGAGGGAACGACUCCAGGAAGGCCCGUCUGGAAGUGAUAGAGCUGCCCCACCCCCCGCAGAACCUCCUGGCCAGCCUGAACUCUUCCCACAGCCACGCCGUGGUGCUGUCCUGGGUCCGGCCCUUUGAUGGCAACAGCCCCGUCCUGCACUACAUUGUGGAGCUGUCUGAAAACAACUCUCCAUGGAAAGUGCAUCUGUCAAACGUUGGCCCCGAGAUGACAGGCGUCACCGUGCAUGGCCUGACUCCAGCUCGCACCUAUCAGUUCAGGGUGUGCGCCGUGAACCAAGUGGGCAGAGGCCAGUACAGUGUGGAGACGAGCAGGUUGAUGCUGCCUGAAGAACCACCCAGUGCUCCCCCGAAAAACAUAGUAGCCAGUGGGCGUACCAAUCAGUCCAUCAUGGUCCAGUGGCAGCCACCCCCAGAAACAGAGCACAAUGGAGUGCUACGCGGGUAUAUCCUCAGGUACCGCCUGGCCGGCCUGCCCGGAGAGUACCAACAGCGCAACAUCACGAGCCCAGAGGUCAACUACUGCCUGGUGACGGAGCUGAUUAUCUGGACACAGUACGAAAUACAGGUGGCUGCUUACAACGGGGCUGGCCUGGGCGUCUUCAGCAGGGCAGUGACCGAGUACACCUUACAAGGAGUGCCGACUGCACCCCCACAGAAUGUGCGGACAGAAGCCGUGAGCUCCACGAGCAUCCGGUUCCUGUGGAACCCCCCACCUCAGCAGUUUAUCAAUGGCAUCAACCAGGGAUACAAGCUCCUAGCAUGGCCAGCUGACGUCCCUGAGGCUGUCACAGUCGUCACCAUUGCUCCAGACUUCCAUGGGGUCCACCAUGGACAUAUAACCAACUUGAAGAAGUUCACUGCCUACUUCACAUCUGUCCUGUGUUUCACCACGCCCGGGGACGGGCCCCCGAGUGCACCUCAGCUCAUAUGGACUCACGAGGACAAACCAGGAGCUGUGGGACAUCUAAGUUUCACAGAGAUUCUGGACACAUCUCUCAAGGUCAGCUGGCAGGAGCCCCUGGAGAAAAAUGGCAUCAUUACAGGCUAUCAGAUUUCCUGGGAAGUGUACGGGAAGAACAACUCUCGGCUCACACACACUCUCAAUAGCACGACGCACGAAUAUAAAAUCCAAGGACUGUCUUCUCUCACCACCUACACCAUUGAGGUGGCCGCCAUCACUGCGCUGGGGGCCGGCCUGGCGACCUCGUCCACCAUCUCUUCUGGAGUGCCCCCAGAACUUCCUGGUGCCCCAUCCAAUCUGGUCAUUUCCAACAUCAGCCCUCGCUCAGCCACUCUUCAGUUCCGGCCGGGCUAUGACGGGAAGACGUCGAUCUCCAGAUGGGUCGUGGAGGGACAGGUUGGAGCUAUCGGCGACGAGGAGGAAUGGGUCAGCCUCUACGAGGAGGAGAAUGAGCCUGACACCCAGACGCUGGAGAUCCCAAACCUCACGCCGUACACCCACUACAGAUUUCGAAUGAGGCAGGUGAACGUUGUUGGGACCAGCCCCUUCAGUCCGUCAUCCCGGGUCAUCCAGACACUGCAGGCCCCCCCUGAUGUGGCUCCAACCAGCAUCACCGUCCGAACCGCUAGUGAGACCAGCCUACGGCUACGCUGGGUGCCCCUACCGGAUUCCCAGUACAACGGGAACCCCGAGUCAGUGGGCUACAGGAUUAAGUACUGGCGCCCAGACCUCCAGUCCCCUGCCCUGGCCCAAGUCAUCAACGACCGGCUGGAGAGGGAGUUCGCCAUCGAGGAGCUGGAGGAGUGGACCGAGUACGAGCUGCAGAUGCAGGCCUUCAAUGCCAUCGGGGCCGGGCCCUGGAGCCAGGUGGUGCGGGGACGGACGCGGGAGUCAGUUCCUUCAGCUGCCCCUGAAAACGUGUCAGCCGUGGCUGUCAGCUCGACCCAGAUUUUACUGACAUGGGCUUCGGUACCGGAGCAGGACCAGAACGGGCUCAUACUGGGUUACAAGAUUCUGUUCCGGGCUAAAGACGUGGACGCCGAGCCCAGGAGCCACGUCGUGCGCGGGAACCACAGCCAGUCGGCGCUCCUGGCAGGUCUGCGCAAGUUCGUGCUGUACGAGCUGCAGGUGCUGGCGUUCACCCGCAUCGGGAACGGCGUCCCCAGCUUGCCCCUCGUCCUGGAGCGGACCAAGGACGACGCCCCAGGCCCACCGGUGAGGCUGGUGUUCCCAGAAGUGAGACUCACGUCUGUGCGGAUCGUGUGGCAGCCGCCAGAGGAGCCCAACGGCGUCAUUCUGGGGUACCAGAUCGCCUACCGCCUGGCCAGCAGCAGCCCCAACACGUUCACCACGGUGGAGGUCGGCGCCACAGUCAGGCAGUUCACAGCCACCGAGCUGGCCCCAGAGUCGGCGUACAUCUUCAGGUUGUCCGCCAAGACGAGGCAGGGCUGGGGCGAGCCCCUGGAGGCCACCGUCAUCACCACCGAGAAGAGAGAGCGGCCGGCACCCCCCAGAGAGCUCCUGGUGCCCCAGGCAGAAGUGACCGCUCGCAGCCUCCAGCUCCAGUGGGUCCCGGGCAGCGACGGGGCCUCACCCAUCCGGUACUUCACCGUGCAGGUGCGAGAGCUGCCUGGGGGACAGUGGCAGACCUACUCCUCAUCCAUCAGCCACGAGGCCACAGCCUGUGAGGUCGAAAGGCUGAGGCCCUUCACCUCCUACAAGCUGCGCCUGAAAGCCACCAAUGACAUUGGGGACAGCGACUUCAGCACAGAGACAGAGGCAGUAACCACCCUGCAGGAUGUUCCAGGAGAGCCUCCAAGUUUUGUCUCAGUGACGCCACACACCACGUCCUCUGUUCUGAUCCAGUGGCAGCCUCCGCGGGAUGAAAGCCUGAACGGCCUCCUCCAGGGGUACAGGAUCUACUACCGGGAGCUGGAGUACGAGGCAGCCUCCGCCACCGAGCCCAAGACGCUCAAAACUCCCUCGGCCUUACGGACCGUGCUCACAGCCCAGAGCAGCUUCAAGACUGUGAACAGCAGCUCCACUCUAACGACGUACGAAUUAACACACCUGAAGAAGUACCGGCGCUACGAAGUGCUGCUCACAGCCUACAACAUCAUCGGCGAGAGCCCGGCCAGUGCGCCCGUGGAGGUCUUCGUCGGCGAGGCCGCCCCGGCCAUGGCCCCGCAGAACGUGCAGGUGAGCCCGCUCACGGCCAGCCAGCUGGAGGUCACCUGGGACCCGCCGCCCCCCGAGAGCCAGAACGGGAACGUCCAGGGCUACAAGAUUUACUACUGGGAGGCAGACAGCCAGAACGAGACAGAGAAGGUGAAGGUGCUGCUCCUGCCAGACACGGUGCUGAAGUUGAAGAACCUCACCAGCCACACCCGCUACCUGGUCAGCAUCUCCGCCUUCAAUGCCGCCGGGGACGGGCCCAAGAGCGGCCCCAGGCAGGGCCGCACCCAUCAGGCCGCUCCCGGGAUCCCCAGCUUUUUGGCGUUCUCAGAAAUAACCUCCACCACACUUAAUGUUUCAUGGGGUGAGCCGGUGGCAGUGAACGGCAUUCUACAGGGCUACCGAGUGGUGUACGAGCCCUUAGCACCUGUGCAAGGGGUCAGCAAGGUGGUGACCGUGGACGUGAAGGGGGACUGGCAGCGCUGGCUAAAGGUGCGCGACCUCACAAAAGGCGUGACCUACUAUUUCCGCGUCCAGGCACGAACCAUUACCUACGGGCCCGAGCUACGAGCCAAUGUCACGGCCGGGCCAGCCGAGGGUUCCCCAGGGCCCCCUAGAGAUGUUGUAGUCACCAAGUCUGCCUCUGAGCUGACCCUACAGUGGACCGAGGGGCACGCCGGCAGGGCGCCCACCACGGGCUACAUCAUAGAGGCCAGGCCGUCAGACGAAGGCCUGUGGGACAUGUUUGUGAAGGACAUUCCCCGGAGCGCCACCUCCUACACUGUCAGCCUGGACAGGCUCCGGCCAGGAGUGACCUACGAGUUCCGGGUGGUGGCUGUGAACCAGGUGGGCUACGGGGAGCCCAGCAGCCCUUCCACAGCUGUGUCAGCUCAAGUGGACACCCCGUUCUACGAGGAGUGGUGGUUCCUGCUGGUGGUGGCACUCUCCAGCCUGAUCGUCAUCCUGCUGGUGGCAUUUACCCUGGUCCUGCAUGGGCAGAACAAGAAGUACAAGAACUGUGGCACAGGUAAAAGCGUCUCCAACGUGGAGGAGUCUGUGACCCUGGACAAUGGGGGCUUUGCCGCCUUGGAGCUUAACAGCCGCCAUCUCAACGUCAAGAACACCUUCUCAAAGAAGAACGGGACCAGGUCCCCUCCCCGGCCCAGCCCUGGCGGGCUGCACUACUCAGACGAGGACAUCUGCAGCAAGUACAACGGCGCGGUGCUCACCGAGAGCAUGAGCCUCCAGGACAAGUCGGCGGACGCGACGGAAUCCGAGGGCACGGACUCCGAGUCUGAGGACACGCCCCCCCAGCACUCCUUCGUCAACCACUACCUGAGCGACCCCACCUACUACAACUCGUGGAAGCGCCGGGCUCCGCACAGGUACGAGGCGGUGGCGGGGGCCGAGGGCCCGCCGCUGCACACAGUGGUCACCACGCAGAGUGCCGUGUUCGCGCCCACGGGCCCCGGCGCCCGGACUGCGCUCACCGGCUUCUCGUCCUUCGUGUGACCCGCCCCUGCCAGGGCCACCGCGGACCUCGGGAGUCCACUUCUGUUGAGACAAUCAACUCUGAUAACUGAGCUCAAGUUUUUGUUUCAAAAGGAUUCUGAUAGGAGAUGGUUUUACCUACUUGUGGACACUAGGUUUCAAUUAGGGAGGUUUUUUUAAUGGUUUUUUGUAACAUCACUGCAGGAAGCAGGUUUCUUUGUUUUUCUUUUCUUUUUACGAGAAGGUGUAUUUCACUGGUGCAGUGGCUUGGCACCCCGGAACUCGGGAGACCUCAGAUGUCCCAGGCUGGGCUUCUCCAUCCUAGCGCCCAACUAGAAGGCUGGGGGGAGGAAGGGCGGGCGCGGCGGCCAGCGAGACCUCUGCCUGCCUCUAGUCUCCGCCUCAGUCUACCUCCUGGGCCUCCAGAGGACCAGCGGCUCACCUGUGACAGCUCCGGCCGCACAGCCCCUCCCGGGAUUUGGAGAGGGAAUGUCUGACCUGGGCUAAGGGCUUCCUGACCCCGCUGCAGCCAUCUCUGGCCUGUCCUCACUCAGCAGUUUCUAGGUGGAAUCAGCUUUACGGUUCCCGGCAGCCAGCAGGGCAGGAGGUCCUCAGGUGCUGUCCUCUGACCGUGAUGGCUCAGAGGUUGCGUUCUGUGGCAUCCGCUGGUGAAAUACUCGGGGCUUACUUCUUCUUUUCUUUCUUUAAACCUGGUAGUGGGGGAGCAGGAAACCACCUCAGUGGAAGCCCCCGGACAGCCCUUGCUUAGCAAACUAGCUCCUUCCCAUGAACACACAGCACACGGCCAACCCGCUGACGCAGAGGGAAGACGGCGUUUUCCGAAUUGCUUAUUCUGUAAGAGGUGUGCAUUGUUAACCAGAGUAUUUUUUAAAUCUUUUUAUCUUUUUUUAAAAUAUGUCACAUGAAAUGAAUGAGUCUCUGCUGUCUCCAGGUGCCUUUUUAUUAAUUGUUUAGCUUUGUACAUGGGAAAGAUGAAAAGCAACAGUGUCUCCACAUAAAGCAAACGGGCUCUGGGAGAACGAGGUCCGCAAUGGCCUCUCGCCCGGUCCCCGCCAUGCAGGCGGGCACAGCCCUGCUCUGAGCACGGCCUCCGCAGGGCUCCCGACACCCGCUGCUGCCCACUGCUUCCUGACCACCCGGGCAGCUGCUGUCCCUUCCCCGCCCCGAUCCCAGGCCAGCUUCUAGCCUGAACGGGUUUUCUGGACAUAUUUUUUUUCCUUUGUUACAGUUUUGUUUUCAUUUUUUAGCUAAUGAAAAUAGCAUGAACUGGACUUUGGAGAGUCCAAACCACAGCUGUAUGUCCAGCCAUCACAUUAUUUUCACAACAGGUGACGAAGUGGCUGAGGUGCAGGUAGCCCACUCCCCACACCAGGGCCAGGUCUGGAUGUCACAGGAGUGCUGCUGGUGCCAGGCUGUGUGUGCCCGGCGUCUGGGAGGGCCCCAUGUCCCCACCUCACCCGCAGGAGUAUGGCACAUGAAAGAUGCACGGCCAUUCUGUCGACACCCCCACCCCAAGACACAGGGGAUCAAGGGUGCUGCCUUUCCAGGGGACCAGCCAGUGCUGUGAGUAGGGAAGGGCUGGGCCCAGCAGCUGGCCAGUGGGGUCUCUACUCGGCAUCUUCUCCUCCACCAUGGGGUGGGGUGGGGGCGUCUUAACCCUCUUCUUUCAGAGGUGCUGGGUGUGGCUCCAGGAGACCAAGGAGAGUUUUGUGUUGGGUGAAAAGCCCCUUUUCCAAACAUAGAAAGUGUGGAAAGUUUCUCUCGCUCUCCUCCCUAUCCCUCUUUUCCUUCCUUCCUUCCUUCCCUUCUUCUUUUUCUGAGUGGAGGGGGAAAUAUUCUAAACCAAAAAUCCUAGAUGCUCUGCCCAAAGGCACUUCUGUUGAGAAUCACUCCCCACAGUUCCAUGGACAGGCCCCCCCCUUGGAGCACAGCGACAGCGAAGGGGCCAGGAGCCGUCCAGGCUGCAGCCUGUUUCCUGAGAGAAACGACAGCGGAGAACACGACACACGGCCUCUCCGCCCUCUGCUGUCUAAGCCACAUGGACUUCGCUUUAAAAAGUGGGUGGACGUGUGGAAACAUUUUAGGAUGAGGACGAUUCGGUUUGAGUAAACUUGUUUUGUAUGGCGUUGUCUGUCCGCGGCUGCGCUGGCCCUGUGACGGCUGAUGGACCGUUCCACCCGUCACUGGGGGCUCGGGCCCCUGAGGACACCUGCACCAAAGGACCAGAGCUGGGUGACUCCACUGAGAGCUCAGCCUCCCAGAGAAAUAUGGGCUUGGGAAGCGUCAGUUCCUAACCUCUCGUCUUUAGGGAGGAAAGAAAAAACCGCACACUAGGAAAAUGGAUAUUGGAUAUUAAUCCCAGCUCUAAAAGCAGGGCAGGCACCAUUCCUCUAACCAAGGCCAGAUGGAGCGCCCCCUUCUUCUGUGGUGAUGUCAGGUGCCUCAGGUCAAGUAGGAGUUGAGUCCCCACACGGGAGCGUCCAGGGGUCAUCGAAUGUUUCACUGACAGAUGCGCUGCCUUUGCUCUGUGAGGAUGAUGCCGGAAGCGCUGGGGGCCACGCCCUGUGUGAGCAGCAGGGGCUCUGCAGGGGUCCCCCUCUCCACGGGCACCUGGGCACAGGUUUCCACGCAGGUUAGCAGCGGGGCGGGCUGUGGGCCGUCCCUGUGCCCCCCGGGCAUUAAGCACAUCAACUUGGCCUCCUGGGCACCCUCCCUCUGAACAAAUCGGUCCUCACUGAGCCCGGCCCGGCCCGGCCUUCCCCUCAGCUUCUCGCGCCAUGCUUUUAAGGAGCUCUCAAUUACACGUAGCGAGGGACACCGUGAGGGGGCAACGAGGGGCUGGCCCUCCACCCAGGAGCCCCACGUGCAGGAGGCUGGUGCUGUGCUCGGGCCUGACCGUGCCUGGACGGCGCACGGCGUUUGACACGGUUCCCAGCACGCUUGUCAGUUUCUCCAAGUCCUUGGCACAUACCGUGUGUCUCCUCGGUCCGCGUGUCCAGUUGUGGCUCUGAGUCAGCCUCCCUGUCGCAUGGAGCCAGUCCGACAGGAGGGAACAAUGUCGAAAUCCAUGAACUGCAGAGAUACGCCUCAUGUCCUCUCAGUGUCACCUCCUGGUCGACUGAGAGCUUGGGUCAGUCCUGAAGUUUCCCAACAGCAUUUUCUGGAAUUGUGUAGCAAGGUGGAACUCAUUAAAAAAACAAACACAGAAACAAAAACAACAUGUAGGAAGACAGGUGCUAUGAGUAUGAUUUUUAAUAAAAACGUCAUUUUGUUCCUUAUGUGCUUGUGAUUUUCUUCAUCAAGUUCUGAUGAAACGACUCGUGGACCCCAGGGUUAGACACUGAACCUGCACCCAGUGCCUUCCAGACCCCACUCCUGGUGAAAUGCAGGUGUGCACGGACCUUGGGGUUAAGGCCAGAGGAAUGACAGCCUCCUAGGGACAGGCACAGCCCAGGGGAGCCCCGGCCACAGCCUUGUGGCCUGAGGCAGGCGGCAUGGAGCCUGAGUGGACAGCAGCCAUUCUCACCUCCGCCCCACCUCCCCGGCCAUGCCCUCGCACAGACUUCACGGGUGCCGAG